GUAAAUUCGCACAGCCAAUCUGUAUGUCUAUCACUUAUCUUGACAAGUAGAAUCCUCUCAGUCUCUCCCUCACACAAACACACAGAAAAUGGCGCUUAGUUUACCCAACACGUUCCUCCAAAUAAAACCAUCUACUCCAAUUCUUUCCACCAAAAAGGUGAAAUGCGCACCAGGGGGAAACAAUCACAGGACCCAGGUGGUGACGUGUCGAAAGAAGGACAUACAUCCGGAAUUCUACGAGGAUGCGAAGGUGUAUUGUAAUGGUGAGCUGGUAAUGACGACGGGUGGGACACGGAAGGAGUAUGUGGUGGAUGUUUGGUCUGGGAACCAUCCGUUCUACUUGGGCGGCCGUUCUGCUCUUGUUGUUGACGCCGACCAAGUGGAGAAGUUCCGUAAGAAGUUUGGAGGAUUGGACGAGAUAAUGGAAAUCCCUGUACUUAAGGGUGAGAUUGUGCUCCCACCUAAGCGCAAAUCUGCUGCCAAAGGAGGCAAGAAGAAGUAGACACAAUUACUACAUCGUUUUGAGGUAAAUGGAUUGGGAAUUUGGGUGGGCAGUUAGGGUUUUCUUGAUUAAGUGCAACUAUUUGUGUUUUGGGAAUAUGUAUGAUAGUUGUGUUUUGGGAAUAUGUAUGAUAUGUGUUGAUAUUAAACAACAUUAUCAUUAUUGAAUCUUGUAGAAAUUGAUUAUUGUUUUC